AUGGCCUCUGCACGACUUGGAUCCAUGGAACGACUCGCCAACAGCAAAGCUUUGGCUGCUGAAGUCCGCAUUCUCCUCCAGGAAGUAGGCAAACUCCGCGAUGAGAAGCGCGCCCUCCAAUACGAAGUUUCUGAGCUCCUGGCGGCAAAGGCCAGAUACGGAUCAGAUGGCGAUUAUCAUGGGGAAUGGAGACCUCCUCACGAGCAACCACAGGCAAUCGCACCCCCUCCUCCUCCUGAGCCAGCCCCAUCCGAUGCGCUAGUCCUACACCAAGAAGCAAAAUCUGGAUGGCGCAGCGUUCCCAAGAAGCACGAGCGCAAGCCUAGGGAACCUCGAGUGGCAAAGCCUCGCGCUCCCGAGCCGCCUCCGCCGCCUCCAGUCCAGGCGAUUCCACCACCAAACAUGCCCAGCUGGGCAUCUUGGAAACCGAACCCUCUCUAUCAUCCUCAACCGCGAGCAGCCGUUCCUGCCCCUGCUCCGCCUCCAGGACUCUUCGGUCCGCCCACACCACCACCACAUUAG